AUGGAUCCCUCAACCCCUCCCCCAACCACAAAUACCACAGAUACCACAGAUCCUCCAACCCCCGAAGACCUCCUCGAAGACCUCCUCGAAGCCCAAAUGAAAGCCUGGCGCAAAGCCCACCACGAAGCCCUCGUCCUCGAUUCCCGCAUGUCCAUACCCUACGGCGCACGUCUCCCGCUCUGCACAUCAAUAUCCUUUCUCUGCGGCAUGGCACUUGGAAUCUCCCACGGUUCGCAAGCUGCAUCUUUGCGUUUUCGCGCGGAGAAUGCGCAUCGCUUGCCCACGUCGCCGACGGGAUGGUAUCUGUAUCACAAGAGUAAGAAUUAUAAUACGGGGCUGGGGGGAGUCAAGGAGGGAUUGAGGAUGGGAGGGAGAAUUGCGUUUUGGACGGCGGGGUUGUUGGCGAUUGAGGAUAUGUGUGAUAGGUGGAGGGGGAAGAAGGAUGUGGUUAAUACUGUGGUGGCUAGUUUGAGUGUUGCGGGAGGGUUUAGUUUAUGGAAUCGAUUCCCUAUAAUAACCGCAGCCAGAACCGCCAAAACCGGAUUAGCAUUUGGGAUAGGAUAUGGAUUAUUACAAGAUGCAGUGGGCUAUGCAAGAGGUAGAAGAUUAGAAUAUAUAGAUUUCAUGACCGGAGCAACGACAGGAAGAAGAGAGGGAAAGGGAAAGGGAAAGGAGGAAGAAGAUCUGAGACGGAGAGAUGUCGAAAAGACCACAAUAUAA